UUAUUAAAAAGUAUACUUGGUUUUGUUAAAUUAUCGUGAUAGAAUGGUUUCAAAUUUGAAAGCAUAAGAUUGUUCCUCAAGUUAAAACUAUUAGAUCAUUGCAAAAGGAAAAAAAUGUUGGAUAAAUGGGGGUUUGAAGGUUGAAGGCUGUUCCCAUGCAAGUUUUUGUAACAAUUUUGUUCAUAAUUUCUAACAUAGCAUUUAAUUUUUUUAAAAAAAUGUUGAAUUAAUUGGAGAUCAUCUUUUAUUUAUUUAGUUUAGUUUACGCCAGAUUUAGUUUAGGCCAGAUUUUGUGGCGCUGAUGAUGAUUGGCCACCGAGAAAAUCUCCAAAGAUGAAGAAGGGAAAAUGGUGGAAUUCAAUGGCAGAGAGCUGAAUCAGAACCGAUGAAGGCCAGUUUUAUAUGGGUGACAAGCAAUCAGAAUUUUUCACAGAGUAUGGAGAAGCAAGCCGAUACCAAAUUCAAGAAGUUAUUGGGAAAGGAAGCUACGGAAUUGUUGGUUCUGCCAUUGACACCCAGACCGGUGAAAGAGUUGCCAUCAAGAAAAUUAAUGAUGUGUUUGAGCAUGUAUCUGAUGCCAUACGGAUCCUCAGAGAAAUUAAGCUUCUUCGGAUGCUUCAUCAUCCAAAUAUUGUAGAGAUAAAGCAUAUUAUGCUUCCUCCCUCACAACGAGAAUUCAAAGAUAUAUAUCUUGUUUUUGAGUUAAUGAAGUCUGAUCUUCACCAUGUAAUUAAGACAAAUAAUGAUCUUUCUCCUCGGCAGCAUAAAUUUUUUCUGUACCAGCUUCUUAGUGGCCUAAAAUAUAUUCAUACUGCAAAUGUCCUUCAUCGAGAUUUGAAGCCAAAAAACAUACUUGCUAAUGCGGACUGCAGACUCAAGAUAUGUGAUUUUGGACUUGCUCGUGUAUCUUUUAGCGAUGCACCAUCUACUAUUUUCUGGACAGAUUAUGUUGCAACUCGAUGGUAUCGUGCUCCUGAACUCUGUGGAUCAUUUUUCUCGAGAUAUACCCCUGCUAUAGAUAUAUGGAGUAUCGGAUGCAUAUUUGCAGAAAUGCUGACAGGGAAACCUUUGUUUCCUGGAAAAAAUGUGGUUCACCAAUUAGAUCUAAUCACCGAUCUGUUUGGCUCUCCUGAACCCGAGGCCAUUGCAAAGAUUCGUAAUGAGAAGGCGAGAAGGUAUCUUGGAAACAUGCGUAAAAAACAACCAGUUCCAUUCUCACGAAAAUUUCCUAAUGUUGACCCAAUGGCACUUUGUUUACUGGAACGUCUCCUAGCAUUUGAUCCCAAAUGUCGUCUAACAGCUGCAGAGGCCCUUGCUGAUCCUUACUUCAACGGCAUGGGGAAACCAGAACUUGAACCUUCCAUUCAACCAAUUUCAAAACUUGAGUUUGAGUUUGAAAGGAGGAAGUUAUCAAAAGAUGAUGUUAGAGAGUUGAUUUAUGCAGAGAUUUUAGAGUAUCAUCCCCAGAUGCGUCAGGGUUGUCUACGUGGUGGAGACCAUCCAACUACCUUUAUGUAUCCAAGUGGGGUUGAUCGAUUUAAGCUUCAGUUUGCACAUCUGGAAGAGCACCACGGUAAAGGUGAAAGAAGAAGCCCACUUCAAAGGCAGAACAUUUCUUUACCUCGGGAGCGGGUUAGGCCUACCGAGCAGAACAACACUGAGAAUAGCAUCGAUUCCGAAAGAGGGAAAGAUAAGAGUGCUCAUCUCUUGAAAAGUGCAAGUAUCAGUGCAUCGAGAUGUGUUGGGGUAAUACCAAAGGAGACAUAUGAGUGGCGAUUGCCGAUCGGCUCCUCAAAUUUUAAAACUGAUACAAGGGACAUGUGUGACUUUUUUCCAUCUCGAACAUGUAUUCGAGUUAUUUCUAAGCCUUUUUAAGUCAUUUAGCUAUCGGGGUAGAAUUGUGUAACAUAGGCUUGUAAAAGGAAAAACUGUGCAAAUUUUCUAACUUCCAUAAGCUCCACAAUAGUUGUAACUAAUCAAAACUUACAGAUCAAACUCUUAUUACAAUCUUGUUUUUGAAUACUUCACGAUCUCAAGCUUCAUAAA